AUGCGACCAGAACACGAGAGGGACGUUAGCUUCCUGACAAGUCUACCAGGAGGAUCAGAGAGACUACAAGUCUUCUAUGCAGAUUUAAGUGAACCCGGCGACUUUGAUGUGGCUAUUAAAGGAUGUACUGGUGUCUUUCAUGUAGCUACUCCUCUACCUCGAGAUUUUGGAAAUGGAGAAGCCGAGGAAGUAGUUAUCCAAGGAGCAGCUGAUGGAACAUUAGGAAUCUUGAAGGCUUGCUUGAAUUCAAAGACAGUGAAACGAGUUGUGUACACCUCUAGUGCAUCAGCGAUAGCUCUUAAUGACAGUGGCGUGGAAAUGAUGGAUGAAAGUUACGAGCGAUGUGAUCAGGAACAGUACGAGUUACUCAUCAACACAUCUAUGGUGCACAUUGAUGAUGUGGCCAGGGCACAUAUUUUCCUCCUUGAAUAUCCUGCAGCGAAAGGGAGAUAUAUUUGUUCUUCAGACAUAAUAACAAUUGAGGAGAUGUCUAAAUUUCUUUCUGCCAAGUACCCUGAGUACUCAAUACCAACAUUAGAAUAUUUAAAGGAUGUUGAAGGCUUUAAAAUCCCUGGUGUAUCCUCCAAGAAACUACUGGAUUCUGGUUUCAAAUUUAGGUAUGGACUCGACGAAAUGUUUGAUGGAGCCAUUCAAUGCUGCAAAGAAAAGGGUUUUCUCUAG